UUUACAAAAAGUUUGCGGCCAUUAGCCAUUCUUUACAAAAAGCUGUUCUUUACACUUGUGUCUGUCUCCCACUUUCGCUGAAGGUGCCAGGAAACUGCUUUGCACAUUGCCAAACCGAAAGGCCGGAUCCGAUAUAUAUACAUAUAACAAGAGAUAUAGUCCUUAACAGAACCACUGUGCCAGGAAACUGCUGUGCACAUUGCCAAACCGAGAGGCCUGAUAUAUAUACAUAUAACAAGAGGUAUGGUCUUCGACAGAACCAAUACCAUCCACCCAUGUGGGUUUGGCCGAAUGUUAGCAGGCUCCUCAGUGAGGUCCUGCGUUCGAUGCUCCGCAUGUGUAAAGAACCCGAUGGGGAAAGCUUUAACCUUAACCCCUCUCCGGCUCGGAGAGGUGACACUCCCUGCCACCUUUCUUCUAUCAAAAAAAAAGAACCAAUACCAUCCUAAAUUCUUUCAAUUCAGCCUCCUCACUCAUCCUCAAUCAAACACCAUGGAUCUGAGCAAACCUCAAUUCGGAGCCUCUUCCUCUUCUUCUUCCACCCAUUCGUUCACACACGAUGUCUUUCUGAGCUUCAGAGGUGAGGAUACGCGCUACAAUUUCACAGGCCAUUUGCACAGCAAUUUGGUUAACAAGGGAAUUAAGACCUUCAUAGAUAAUGAGCUUACAAGAGGAGAAGAUAUAAGAAAGGAGCUCCUGGAAGUAAUUGAAGGAUCAAGGAUUUCCAUUGUUGUAUUUUCUGCCAACUACGCAUCUUCAAAGUGGUGCUUGGAUGAACUUGUCAAGAUCUUUCAAUGUAAAGAAUCCAAGCAACAAAUCGUUUACCCAAUAUUCUACAAGGUAGAUCCGUCGGAUAUACGACACCAGAAGGGCCAGAUUGGUGAGGCAAUUGCUCAGCUUAGCAAAUACAAGGAUAACUUAAAGAAGGUGGAGAAUUGGAAGGCAGCUCUAACACAAGCAGCAACUUUGUCUGGGUGGCACAUCUUGGAUGGAGGACUUGAAGCGAAUGUCAUUGAUCAAAUUGUUAAAGAGAUAGCAACCAAAAUAAUGAAAUGCACCCCUUUAGAUGUGGCAUCAUAUCCUGUUGGAAUAGAAUCUCGUGUGGAAGACAUACUUAAACUGUUAAAUGUAGAGAAAGACGCUCCUCACAUGGUAGGGAUAUGGGGAAUUGGCGGACUAGGAAAGACAACACUUGCAAAAGCUGUUUACAAUUCAAUUUGCCAUAAGUUUAAACAUAGUUGCUUCCUGGCAAAUGUUAGAGAAGAAUCACUUUCAUAUGGAGGUCUUGUCAAGCUACAGAAAAAAUUUCUUUCUAAGAUUAUAGAGAGGAAUCCACCUAAUGUGACCGAUGUGGAUGAAGGAAUCACUGUGCUGAAGCAAAAACUAAGCCAGAAAAUGGUUCUCUUAGUUCUUGAUGAUGUGGACCAAUUGGAACAGUUAAGAAAACUUGCUGGAGGGUGUGAUUGGUUUGGUCCAAGAAGUAGAGUUAUCAUAACAACAAGAGACAUGAAUUGCCUAAGUGCACAUAAAGUCAAUUCAAUAUAUGAGGUCAAGGAAUUAAAUCAUCAAGAAGCUUUAGAGCUCUUUAAUUUCUAUGCCUUCAAAAAAAAUAUAUGUCCGGAUGAUUUUUCUAAACUUGCAACUGAUGUAAUACGUUAUGCUAAAGGGAUUCCGUUAGCUUUGGAAGUUUUGGGAUCAGAUCUAUGUAGUAAAAAUAAGGAUGAGUGGAAAGAUGCAUUAGAGUAUUACAACAAAUAUCCUAACCAAGACAUUCAACAAGUUCUCAAAAGAAAUUACGAGGCAUUGGAGGAUCAGAUGAAAGAAGUUUUUCUUCAUAUUGCAUGUUUCUUUAAAGGUCAGAAACAAGGCUAUGUGAUAAAUGUCCUACAAUGCUGUGACCUCAAUCCUAUGUAUAGUCUCAAAGUCCUCGUAGAAAAGACCUUAAUUAAAAUUGUGAAAGACAGUGACAAUGACGAUGAGAUUUGGAUGCAUGACCUUCUAGAAGACAUGGGAAAAGAAAUUGUUCGACAAGAGUCUUCUGAUGAGAAAGGACAACGCAGUAGACUGUGGCUAUAUGAGGAUGUUCGCUACGUCCUUGAGGAAAACACCGGAACGGAGAAAAUUAAAGGCAUCAUGGUAAGACGUGGCUAUUCACAACUGAUAACGUUGAACGCCGGAAGCUUCACAAACUUGAAAAAUCUUCAAAUUUUUAUAGUCGUUGAUCUGACAUUUCGUGGAGAUGGCGUGGAUUAUCUACCCAACCAGUUGAGGGUCCUCGACUGGAUGCAUUGUUCAUUACGAUCGUUGCCAACGAAUUUUAAUCCGACGAAACUUGGUAUGCUGCACAUGGGUGGGCCCUGCACGACUCCACUAGUGAACGAGGGAUUGAAGAAUCUGCGAAAUUUGAAAUCUCUCAAAUUGUCGGACUGUGAUGGCCUAACAAGAAUUCCCGACUUGUCUGGAUUAACAAACUUACAGUAUUUGGAGCUAUUUAAUUGUGAUGAUUUAGUUGAAGUUCAUCCUUCGGUUGGCCGUCUCGAUAAGCUUGUCUUUUUGGAACUCAGCAGUUGUGCAAAGCUGCAGAUGUUUCAAGAGAGGAUCAACUUGAAAUCUUUGCAAACUCUGAAUCUCUCUGGUUGCCCGCUUAAGUUCUUCCCUGAAAUCGAGGGAGACAUGAAGUCUUUGGCAUUUCUGGAUCUCAGUAAGACUGCCAUCAAAGGCUUACCUUGCUCUGUUGGAAACCUCACUGGCCUUAAAUUCUUGAUUCUAAAUUGGUGUCGUAAUCUUGAAAAUGUACCAUCGAGCAUCUUCUAUGGAUUGCAACGUCUGGAGUAUCUUGAUCUUGGGGGCUGCUCUAAGCUUGUUACAUUUCCAACAAAGUCAGAAUCACUUCCUCCUCCACCGGUCUUUCCAACUAACCUCACUUAUGUGUGAGUUUUUGUUGGUCAUUGGAAAGAAUUUCAAAGCUGUCAAGAAUUUUGGAGGGUAAAGAUUCAAAAAUGUUCGGUUGGUUGGACUUGACUGAUUGCCAGAGAUUCUGCGACAAUCUGGCUCGUGGAGUGGUAUCAGAGGUCGAAGUUGACAAGCGACUAUUUCAUCUGGCCAAGAAGAGAAAGAAGAUGACAUCAUCACCAUUCGCGGGAACCAAAGAAUUGAUGGGAGAGGAAGAGAAAUUGACGGCUCUGUUGACUCUUUUUUUCUCCUGUGCGAAAUCUGAAGAAUUCCAAGUAGAAUUUUCUGCACGUGCUCCGCUUCCAAACUGGUUCACCUGCCGUCAGGAUGUGAAUUGGGAUGUGAAUAGUGAAGUGAUAAAUAAAGAGCAUGAGUUUUGCAUUGAAAUUCCUCAAAACUCCAAUUGGGACAACAAAGGGUUGGUUCUCUGUAUUCAAUGGCGUUCUUUGGCGCGCUCUCGUCAUUCUGUUUACAUCAAUGGAAUAAAGUUUGAUGAGAAAAUGAUGUGGCCUUCUACAGUGUGGGUGCACUAUAUUCCAUUCGUUACAGUAAUAAGGAGGUUGAGUGACUGUGGGAUGCCGCCACCUGAUAUGUUUCGAGUUAUGUUUCGUCUUGAAUAUGAAUAUACACGCACAAGCCCUUCGGGGAGAAGCUGGGGAGUCCACCUGAUCGAUGAUUGGUGGGUGUAGGCCGAUGGCAGUCCAGCUGACUUCCAGUACAAAACACUUACCUCGGAAGAACUACUCCUUUGAAAACAUGAUGCUCGAUCAUCAUCAUACAAUGUUAAGGAGUUCAAUCUAGAGAAAAUGAUUGAGUGAGUCUUUGGAAUCAAACCGCAAUGGAGUUGAUGAGACCUACACCGAGGGUCUCUAUGUCUGAAUUCCUUGUCUGUUCCAGAGCAGUAAAGACGCACACAUUGAUCAAUAUUUCAGAAAUAAAAGCAGAGGUACGCAAAAAGCCUUACACUUGAACCGAUCUUUUGGUUGAAAUCACGUUUUAGCUUGGCUUAAUUUAGAUCUGCUAGUAACAAUUAUUAAGUGGGCUGCUUAUAAAUUGCUCAAGAUUGUAUUUGGUAAUUGGACCUACUCUGCACUAUGUUUGUAGCCUUUGAUUUUUGAUUGUUUCUUUUUUUCUGGGGAAAAAUCCUUAUGCAAUGUCUGUAUUAAGUUGAGUUGCGAAGGAACUCGAUGCUCCAGAUAUGGCUGAUACAAUAGAGCAAGUGGAUUAGGUACUUCAUUAGCAAGCAAGGUUGGACAUACCAUGGAUUUCAUUCAGUUUUUCCAUGCAUAGUCAGACAAAGCUCAAGAGGGUUUGGUCUCUUUGCAGCUUUGGUAGCAUAGUGAAUUCAGGUCCUCUUCUCUGGUCAAUUGUCACUAUCCCAUUCACGAGUGUAAUGGAUUCUGCUUCACAAGUUUACUUCCAAUGUUUGCCAGACCUUCUGGGUUCUAAUGUCUACCUGAAAUUAGUUCAGCACGCUUUUUGCUUGUUUUCAUUUUCUUUUAGUAUAGAAAAUAAUGUUUGUGAGUUAAUUUACCUUUGUUACUGUGAAGUUCUUGAUGAAUAAUCUGAUUAAGAUGAGAGGAAAACAGCAUUUGGGCAUCCUAAGAAGAAGGCAAUACAUGCCUGUUGCAAGUUUGAGUCAUCCUUGAUAAAGAGGUUCAAAGGGGUAGAAGAGUUGAGGAAAACAGCAUUUGGGCCUCUUAAAAAUGUCUGCCCAGAUUGAGGAGGACAUUGAUGCAAAAGAGUUGCAGGCGGGCGGAAGCAUUUCAGCAAGAGCUUAUAUUGGAACAACAUGGUGAUCGAUCAACAUAUAUAAAAUGCUGAGAUUUUUAAGGGCCCAGCAAGUGUGGAUGAUAUGCUCAACUUGAGGAAGUAAUUUUUCUGUUCAACUGUGACAGACAGAUCUAAUUAGUGGGAUGCCAAACUCAUCGAGAUUUGAUUAGUUUAGGACUGGGUUCUACUCUACACUCAUCUUUGCAACUCUUGAUAUUUGACAAGGUGAAAAUCAGCAAUGUUGUCCUCUUAAUGCAAGCUAAGAUGAAUCUAGAUCUCUGGUUGAGAGUCGAGACAAUAAUGAAUCACUGAGUUUAGGUGCUGUCUCCUAAUUACAUGCGCACAAUGCACUGUAAAGUGCUUUCAAGAAGAUUUUGGAUUUUUGCUAGCAGCCUUGCCUGGUGUAUUACAUCCCGACUUUUCCAGUCAAUUCUCAGCAUUACCGGAAGCAGUCUGGAAGUGCCAACAUGGAUUCUUCAUCGUACAUCUGCAUACCAAUGCAAUCAGUUUGAUUUUGCACAGCUCGUGUCUUAGAGAGACCAUGAUCCUACCUCUGCAGUAAGAAUACGAAACCUGCACGACUACUUUAAAUACUCAAUAUAGCCAAAACCUCCAACACAUAUUGUCCCAACUGGUGCAAGGUUAACAAUUUACAGAGUGUUGCAGCUCUAUCUCUGGAAGAAUUGGUGCAGGAGAAUAUUAUGAUGGAGUUUAGCGACUGGAUCAAAGGUUUUCUAUAAGCCUUGCUCUUGGUACAAUCAUGAAUGCUGAAGUCUCUAAGGGUCUUCUUAUUCAAGCUUAGUUAGUCCGCAAAGAGCCUAUUCUGUGACACCAGCCGGGACAUCUCAAUGACUCAUGUCUAGCUACAAGGAAGUUAAUGAAACAGCAGAUAACUCGCCAAGCUCGAUCAUCCUUAGCCAUUGAUUUAUAACUUUUGGCUAAAGAAGUCUUACGGAUUUGUAAAGACUGGGAUUGUGCAAUAUUGUAAAUGCAAUGCUAGUUCCGUUCGCGCUUAGGUGCCAGACUUCAUGAAAGAAAAGAAAGGGAAAUGCACCCUAUGUAGUUGAAUUUCAGAUGUUGCAGCUUUCUGUGCCACAUGAAUUUUUUUUUAUAUGAGAACUGAUUCCUUUUCCUUUCUUCCAAA